AUGGAUGCGACCACCAUCCUGACCAUGUUUAGAGAAAUUAUGGACGAACAGAAGAAUGUUAUCGCCAAUGUUAUGAACGAACAGAAGAAUGUUAUCGCCAAACUGCUAGAUCGCAUUCCAGAACGCGGACAGGGAGAUUGCAAUACGACGGAGCACAUAGCACUCCCAAACUUGAUGGCAGCGUUGAGCAACCGCAUCGAAAAGUUUGUGUUCGACCCGGAUGCCGACAUGAUUUUCUCCAAAUGGUUUUCAAGAUACAAGGAUGUGUUUAACGAAGACGCAAAGCAGCUUUCUGAAAAUACCAAAGUCAGAUUGCUCUGCGAAAAACUGGAUCCUGUAUCUUCGAUGAAGUACCAGAGACAUCGUCUGCCAAGAGAUUGGCACGGAAUCGCCUUCAAGAGAGACAGUAGUGCCCAAACCGAUGCGCCGCGAACUAUGAAACUUAGUGGCAAGCCCCGUACCGUCCAUGAAGCCGGAAUGGAAAAUAAAUGUUGGACUUCGAUGAAGGCAACCAUUGGUGCUAGUGGAUGCCAAGCGAAACCUUGGUUCUGCAAGAAGUGCAGGAAGGUCGCUCACAAGGAAAGGUUUUGUGACACUUUACGACAAAAGAAGACUGCGAGUCGCACAGAGGCGACGCAGAAAACUCAGCAUACUAAAGAGAAGUUCUCGAGGAACAGAAACAACAGAGGUCCGAGAAGGCAAGUACGAAUCGUCAAGAUUGCAAAUGCAGCAGUUCAGGCAAACUCUUCCCGUGUGUACAUCGACGCCGUAGUGAACAACUACUCUGUCAAAUUCCUUCUCGAUACUGGAUCAGACAUCACAUUACUGCAACGAGAGAGAUUUUGGAAAAAGAUAUAUGGAAAGCUUAAAUGCAAGAUUACCAUGAAAGGUGUCACUACUGAAGGAGACGCCUAUGUGACGCCGCACAGCUCACUUUUAGGUCUCGAAUGGAUUCGAGCAAAUGAGAAUUUGAUGCACCACAUAGAAAUGAUGGCUGAAGAAGUGAAGGCCAACUGUAACCCCAGACGUGAAGAAGAGGUGAAGAAAACAUUCCUGGAUGUUUUCGAAGAAGGUGUAGGACGCUGCACCAAGGAAGAAGUCAAUACGUUGAAGAGAGGAUUUAGAAAUCUCAAAGGGGAAGAGAAACCGUCAGAAGACAAGUUCAAUGUUAUAUUGCAAGCACACCGAACCACCCCACACAGAUGUCUUGAGGACAGAACAGAAUCAUCGACAGGGAUGGACGCCGAAGAAAAUCGAAGGAAGAUGAAGCAAGAAUACGCUAGGAGGAACGGUUCCAUUUCGAAGGAAUUCCAUAAGGGAUACGACUGUACGCAGAUGUGGAAAGCCCCACACUCCACAUGGAAGCAAGGAGUUGUCGCAAAACGCCUUGGGAAGGUCAACUAUGAGGUCCCCGUGGAAGGAAGACUGAUGCGGAAACACGCAAACCAAUUACGGCACAGCAACACAAGGACAAGCUGGAAUCGUGUAGACAAAUCGUUGAAAACCCUGCUCGACAUGUUAGAAGUGGACGACAAUUGGCUAAAAAGCAACGACGAUACUGCUAGUGACUUGGACGUCAACACCGCUCUACCGUGCUCUCCAGAACUAUCAAUGCGACGAUCGACUAGAAUACGAAGACUAAGUGAAAACGAUAUGGCAUUGAUGUCUAGAUUCUAA